AUGUUUGAUUGGGACACGGAUUCGUUCAUGUCCGGAUGGGACAAAAAGUAUGUCUCUACUAAUGUCAAGGCCGAGGCACGAGCGUACGAUAGAGAUCUCUUUUUGGGACUCAACUCCAAGUUGGCCACUUCUCAUCCCGAGUUGCAGAGCUACAGCCAUGCAAUUAUUCCCUAUAUAUCCGAGACUACUGACAUUGGAGUUCAACAGGCGGCGGCAUGCUGUGCCGUUGGUCGCGCAGACGUUGUCGGGAGAUUCUUUGACGAUGUCACAUUCGAUUCAACUCCAGAGAUAUCGGAAAAGACAUUUCUUUGCCUGAGAGAAGCCAUCACCAUCGUCUUCCCAUACAUUGGAAUGCCUACCUGUAUUCCCGCAUGCUAUGGCAUGAUUGGCGUGGUGCAACGAAAGGGGCCUGCGUAUGCCUCGACCCGAGUUCUCCGGAAGACCACAAUCGAUGAGGACGAUGUAAAAAAGGGCCGCGAACUUCGCUCCCGAAUCUACAGCGGAGUCGGCAACUCGGACAUUUUCAGCUUGAUGGACAAAUACUUUACAGACUUGUUUGUUACAUGGGGGUAUCUCAUCUCAAAAGCCAACGAAGAGGUUUUCGAACCUCAGCAGUCGCACUUGAUCAUUGCAGCCUCUAUAGCCGCAUUGGGGGCCACUCGACAGACAAAGAGUCACAUCAAAGCUACACUAGGUAUUGGGAACUCGGUUGCAUGCGUCAAGAGCGUUCUAGAAGUUAUCACAACAAUCACUGAGUGGGCAGGUCGUUCUAUUAGUACUUUUGAUGUAGAUGCUCUUUCUGAGGAGAUUCAGAAGGCACUGAAGGGAUAA